AUGGCUGAAGCAAUUAUUUCUGGUGUCUUGCAGCAGUUGAUUUCAAUCAUUGGUGAAGAAACAAAGCAAAAGGUGAAGCUGGUUGUCGGUGUCGACAAUGAAGUCAAAAAGCUUAGGAGCAAUCUCGAAGCUAUCCAAGUUGUGCUGGUUGAUGCAGAGGAAAGACAAGUGAAAGAGAAAACUGUAGAACUUUGGUUAGAUCGGCUCAAACAGGCUUCCUACAACAUUGAAGAUGUGUUGGGUGAGUGGAACUAUGCCAUUCUAAAACAAAAAAUUGAGGGAGUUGAUGAUGCUACCGUUCCUAAGAAGAAGAAGGUGUGUUUCUUCUUUCCCUCCUCUUGCUUUUCAUUCAAACAAGUUAGUUUGCGUAAAGACAUUGCAAUCAAGAUAAAAGAAGUAAAUGAAAAUCUAGAUGUCAUUACGAAACAAAAAGAGAUGUAUGGUUUUAAUGCAAUUAGAAAGGCUGAAAAGUUAGAACGAGUACAAACUACUUCAUUUAUUGAUGUGUCUGAAAUAUGUGGUCAAGAUGAUUGUAAGAGUAUUUUAAUACAGAAGUUGUGUGCGAGCAAUGAGCAAUGCCUCCCUAUCAUCUCUCUUAUAGGGAUGGGAGGUAUCGAACCUUUUGAUGAGCAUAGAAUUGCUAAAGCAAUUAUUGAGUAUUUAGGAGGUUCAACUAAGGAUUUAAGUGAAUUGCAAUCUCUUCAUCAACAUAUUAGUACAUUAAUCCAAAGAAAUACAUUUUUUUUUGUGUUAGAUGAUGUGUGGACUGAGGAUUACAAAAAGUGGGAACCAUUGUAUCGUUGUUUGAUGAAUGGUGUGCAUGGAAGUAAAAUUUUAGUUACAACACGCAAGGAGUCGGUUGCAAAAAAGAUGGGUUCGAUUGAUAUUAUCAAUGUUCAGGGGUUGAGUGAUGAUGAAUAUUGGUUGUUGUUUAAGCGAAUAGCAUUUUUUGGUAGGCCUUUUGAGGAAUGUGAAAGACUAGAAGAGAUUGGCAAAAAGAUUUCGGGCAAGUGCAAAGGUUUGCCUCUUGCUGCAAAGACAUUAGGAAGUCUCUUGCGGUUUAAAAAACGUUGGGAAGAGUGGAAACGUAUCUUAGAUAGUAAAUUAUGGAAACUUGAAGAAAUUAAAGAAGAUGUUUUCCAACCAUUAUUAUUGAGUUAUAAUGAUUUGCCUUAUACAAUAAAAAGAUGUUUCUUAUAUUGUGCUAUCUUUCCUAAGGAUUAUAGAUUAGGAAAAGAUGAAUUGAUUAAACUAUGGAUGGCUCAAGGAUAUGUUAAAGAAGAAAAAGAUAAGGCAAUGGAGAUAGUUGGAGAAGAGUAUUUUGACUAUUUAGCUUCACGAUCAUUAUUCCAAGAGUUUAGAAAAGAUGAUGAAAAUAAUGUGAUUGGAUGUAAGAUGCACGAUUUAGUGCAUGACUUUGCUCAAUCCUUAAAUAAGAAUGAGUGUGUCCACAUAGAAGUUGAUGGUUCUAAAGGGCCACUCAUAAGCUCUUUUAAUCGUGAGAAUGCUUAUCACGCAAUGUUUGGAAAGGAUGCGCAGUUUCUUAUGUAA